AUGCCAGCCACGUCGUUGUCGCGCCAGCCACCGCAGCGGCGUGCUGCCCCCUCCUCGCGGUCGCGGAGGCCCCUCGAAGCCUCGCCACACCCCACCCCACCUCCCCGCAGCCUCCCUCAACCCUCUUCGACGUGCUCAGGCACAUCACGGCGAACGACGGCACCGCAGUGGUCACAUCGGCCACCGCGGAGGAACGACGGUGCCGAUCUCCCUCCUCGCGGUCUCCAGGCCCCGACGCUAGCCCGCGUCACCUCCCAGCACCAUCAUCUCACCUUCCUCGACCUGCGUUCGCCCCCUGUGGUGAACGACUGCUCCCCCGUCGUCCAGCCGGCCACCACGGUGCAACAACUGCGCCGACCUCCCACCUGGCGGUCUCCAUGCCCCGACGCUGGCCCGCGUCACCUCAUAGCACCCUCGGCCAAGCCUCCUCGAAUCGCGUUCGCCCGCUGUGGCGAACGACCGGGCCCCGGUCGUCACGCCGGACCCCGCGAUGCCACAACGGCGCUUAGCCCCCUCCUCGCGGCCUCCAUCCCCCGACGCGGGCCCUCGUCGCCUCUCAGCACCCUCGCCCUACCGUCGUCGAUGCGAGUUCGCCCUCUGCGGCGAACGACCGCGCCCCGGACCUCCCGUCAAACAUCGAGCGCCGGCCUGCGGCUCGAUGUCUCUGGCGCACUCAAACGUAACACGUUUGAGCGCGCGUUUACCCAGUAG